AUGAAGUUUCUUGCAGUGUUCGGUUUAUUUGUGGUUAGCGUAAGCGCGGCGAAUCUAGAUGCUAUCGCCAAACCAGGUUUUCUGGAAGGGCGCAUUAUCAAUGGCCAUGAAGCCGAGAAGGGUGAAGCUCCUUUCAUUGUUUCUUUGAAGACCGGUAGCCAUUUCUGUGGUGGUUCCAUUAUUGCUGAAAAUUGGGUCUUGACUGCUGGCCACUGCUUGAUCUUCGAUAAAUUUGAAAUUAUAGCUGGAUUACACUCACGAAUUGAUGAAUCCGACGUUCAAAUCCGCAAGGUUACCAGCAAGAGACAGCAAUUUGUUCAUGAAGGAUACGGUGGUAAUGUUGGUCCCAACGAUAUUGGUCUCAUCUACGUGGAUAAACCUUUUAAGUUAAAUGCUUUGACUCGUGAUGGAACAGCUGCAGUGGCCAAAGUGGAUUUACCAUCCGGCAAAUUCGAAUCAACUGGUAAGG